CAAGUCAUCGAUUUACCAAAAACAAUCUGUUGUAGCUUUCAUUGCUUUCUCAAGAGGCGUAACCGAAUUAAAAGGAAAUAAAAUGGCACAAGUACAGCCGGAGGAACUGAUACAGCCGGAGGAACUGAUACAGCCGUCCCAGCCAACACAACAACAACACACGACGGUAAUAAUAAACCAGCCCAUGCGCAUGAACCCGAUGCAGCCUCAUCCACUUCGAGAGUGGAGUACAGGUCUAUUCGGCUGUUUCGAAAACGUCGGAGACAGUAUGUUCGCGUUGUUCUGCCCUCUGUACUACGCAUGUAUAUUGUCCAGUAAACAAGGGGAGUCUGCAGUAGGACCAUGCUGUAUUCCUGCAUGGACGACCAUUUUCAGGUCGCAUAUUAGAGGUGUCCACUCUCUUGAGGGAAGCAUUUGCAAUGACUGCAUGGUGACCAACUGCUGUGGUCCGUGCGCCAUGUGUCAGAUGGGCAGGGAGCUGGACAACAUUUUGAAAGGAGAUCCACGCGCCCUCCCAGCUUCAUAAACCACUUCUUUCAAGAUGCUUCAAAGCAGGAUCGCGCUGCAUUUGAUAUACUAAAUGUUCAACGAACAUUGUCUGAAAACAAUCAUAUACAUUUGCAUUUGUUCCGAAAAGUACUUUAUUCACCCAGCUAUAUAUAUAUAUAUAUAUAUAUAUAUAUAUAUAUUCGUUAUAUCUCGCCUGUUGUCAAUAUUUUGGUAUACUAUGAAAUCCUUUAUUUUCAUGGGCUUAUAUUUUCGUGAUUUUUGCUAAAAAACCAACAAACAAAAAAACAAAAAACAGACAAAAAAACUGACAAAAAAACAACAACAACAAAACACAUUUCGUUGGGUACUAAAGGUCGUGGAUCGAAAAGGCAGUAUCAUAAACUUGUAUCAUACGUGUACAUGUAUUAUAUUUUCGUUGUGUUGUUAAAUCCGUUGACUGAACAAGUCCGGGAAUUGCAUGAAAAUUAGACAAUCACGACAAAGGUGAUUUCACAAUUAUUUAAUUUGAAUUAUUGCUACCUAUAACCACAAACAUUUUUUUUUUAAAGUUAAUUUAAUUGUUUCGAAUAAUUAGCAAAACAGCUUAUGUAAGCAAUUGCUACCUCAAAAGGAACGCACAUACUACAUAUAUUUCAAGUCAAAUAAUGCGCGCGAUUCUGCUUUCAAAUGAAAAACCUCCUUAUUUUCCGUCCACUAUUUUCUCAUCUACAAAAUAAUAUAUGUAAUAUUACUUCGUUAUUGCUGUGUUCUUAAUGUAUUUAUACUGAACAACAAAAGAUAUGCGAAUUUAUUUUAUUUGUAUUUUACGGUGGGUCUUUACAAUUGUUCAUUUUGAAUCCCGUUAGUUAGUUUUUCGUAUAUUAAAAUUAUCAACGUCUUGUGAAUAUAUUAGGUCCAUUUGACAGACUAUUUACAGAAUUAUUGUAUCAUAAUAUUUAGAUUAUAUAUGUAUAUAUAUAUAUAUAUAUAUAUAUAUAUAUAUAUAUGUGUGUGUGUGUGUGUGUGUGUGUGUGUGUGUGUGUGUGUGUGUGUGUGUGUGAUAUAAUAUCUUAUAUUUCCAGUGCAGUCAAAGUAUGUGAUGUAUUUCAGAUCACAUAUUUUGUUAAUAUAAUAACUUUGCAAAUUAGAUGUAAAUUAAUUGAGGUCACGGCACUACGUUUAUUGACAUGUAAGCAACCAAACUAAGGUGACACUCUAUAAUUGACGUAUGCAUUCAUAAUCGUCAAACAAAAACAUUUCAAUAGCAAGUUUACACUGAAAACUGUCCAGCGUUUUGAAAACAAAAAACCUUAAGCACUAGUUUAUUUUUAUGUAUGGAUAUCCAUAAUGACGUCAUUCAUGUUUGGCGCCAUUUCUAUUCAAAAGACACCGCGUCACAUAUUCUUACGUCAUUUGAAUAUCGCAUAAUGGCUGAUUGGAAUUAAAGUUUAUACAAUUUACUGAAACAUGUUGUAUCAAGCUUUAGAUUAUAUUAUAAAAAGAUUAUUACCCAGAGGCUCACAUAAUAAUAUAACAGAGAGAGAGAGAGAGAGAGAGAGAGAGAGAGAGAGAGAGAGAGAGAGAGAGAGAGA